CCUAUCUUCGCCCCCUGGCAGCGUGUGUUUGGCUACUCGGAGUUCCGGUCUCCGCAGCGCGCCAUCAUCAACGCGACGAUGUCGCAGACGGACGUCUUUGUCAUCAUGCCCACCGGAGGCGGCAAGAGCCUCUGCUACCAGCUUCCCGCGCUACUCGAGCGGGGCCUCACCGUCGUGGUGUGCCCGCUCAUCUCGCUGAUCGAGGACCAGGUCUUUGCGCUGCGGCAGUGGGACGUGUCCGCCUCCUUCCUCGCCACGUCGCAGGACGCGGACGAGGCGCGCGAGGUGAUGCACCAGCUGCACCGCCCCGCGCUCGUCGCCCAGGAGAACGGGCUGCGCCUGCUCUACGUGACGCCGGAGCGCAUCACCUCCUCGCCCUCCUUCACGAGCGCGCUGACCAAGCUGUACAACGCGGGCCAGCUGCGCCGCUUCCUCAUCAUGCUCGACGAGGCGCACUGCGUGAGCCAGUGGGGGCACGACUUCCGCAAGGACUACAAGGAGCUCUGCAAGCUGCGGCACAACUUCCCGCAGACGCCGAUCAUGGCCCUCACCGCCACCGCCACCAAGCAAGUCGCGGCGGACGUGCUCAACAUCCUCGGCAUCCGACAGACGGCGGCCUGCUUCAACACGCCCAACCUGCGGUACGAGGUGCUGCAGAAGAAGAAGAAGUGCGCCGAGGACCUCGCCAAGGUGAUUGCGCAGAAGCACGCCAACCAGACCGGCAUCGUCUACUGCUGCUCGCGCCGCGACUGCGAGACGCUCGCCGACGAGCUCUGCAAGGAGGGACAGGCGGGGUACUACCACGCCGACCUCGACCCGCUCGAGCGGCGCGCGACGCAGCAGCGCUGGAUGAACGACGAGCUGCGCGUCAUCUGCGCGACCGUUGCCUUUGGCAUGGGGAUCAACAAGGCGGACGUGCGGUUCGUCGUGCACCACUCGCUGCCAAAGUCGCUCGAGGGGUGCACGCGCGGGGGGGGGGGGGGGGGGGUCCCCCCCCCCCUUAAAAACCCCCCUUUACCCGGGGGGCUUUGA